AGCUGGUUUUUGUUACCGCUCAUUGGGUUAUAGCACAGUCCUUAUGUUUCUACAAAAGGAUUUAGAAUGAAAGGCCCGGUCCAAAGGCCCAAGGCGAUUCCCUAGGCACCGGCGAGCAACAGUGAAUUCGGCCACCAUUCCCCAUAAGGCCACUCUCACGCUUCCCUGCGCCAUUUUCUUCCAUCUCCCAACUCUCUUUAGGAUUUAGGGUUUCGAAAUUUACAAUUUGGAAGCCUCUAUUACCAUUUCGAUUUCUCUCGCAUCCAGUUAAACAACAUAUAAACUGGCCACUGUUUUCUGGGCAACUUUCAGCAUCUAAAUUUUGAGAUAUUCUGAAAUUCUUUCUUCUUGGAUUUUUCUUUUUCCUCUUUGAUUGGCCUUUUGAGCAUUGUUAUCCUCUUGAUUUCCGUUCACAAACUCUCUUGCCUGUCUGUUACUUUUGUUGUUAUGUUAUGAUGAUCCCUGGAUUUAGAAUCGAUCAUGUUUCUACUCCUUGGUCCGUACCUCAUGGUACAGUCUCAAUCAAAAUUCUUACUCUGCAAUUGGCCUCUCAUAUAAUUUCCACCUUUCCAAUUUGCAAUCUCUCUUCUACGAAUGCUUUUGGCUUCCGUGAUUCCUUCACAGUUGCCUUGCAAGCUUGCUUUUCUAGAUGCAUAAUAUGCCUGGGACAAAGCAGAGUGAUGAAACGGCCCAAAAUCAAGAAUCACCAGAGGGGCACAGUGAGCAUGAAAAACCUACAGAUUCUGAUGAACAGGUAGACCUUGAAGGGGAUAAUGAUCAAGAGGAGACCAUGGAGGAAGAGGUUGAAUAUGAAGAAGUAGAGGAAGAAGUCGAAGAGGAAGAAGAGGAAGAGGAGGAAGAGGAGGAAGAAGAAGAAGAGACUAAACCCUCAGAUGGUGAAGAGGAUAUUGGAGUGGUAGACAAUAAGGAUGAAGAUGAGAAAAAGAAACAUGCAGAAGUUCUUGCACUUCCACCUCAUGGGUCAGAGGUUUACAUUGGUGGCAUUCCUCACAAAGUUUCAGAAGAAGAUUUGAGGGCCUUCUGUGAAUCUGUGGGAGAAGUGUCAGAGGUUAGGAUUAUGAAAGGAAAAGAUUCAGGUGAAGCAAAAGGUUAUGCAUUUGUGACCUUCAAGUCAAAGGAAUUGGCAUCUAUGGCUAUUGAGAAACUGAACAACACUGAAUUUAAGGGAAGAAAAAUAAGGUGCUCAACAUCCCAAGCUAAGCAUAAGUUGUUCAUUGGUAAUGUUCCUAGAAAUUGGACUUUAGAAAAUAUGAAGAAGGUAGUCUCAGAAAUUGGGCCUGGAGUUGUUGCUGUGGAGCUGUUGAAGGACCCACAGAUUUCUGGCCGUAAUAGGGGGUUUGCUUUUAUUGAGUAUUACAAUCAUGCUUGUGCAGAAUAUUCAAGGCAGAAGAUGUCAAACCCAAAAUUCAAACUAGACGACAAUGCUCCAACUGUGAGUUGGGCUGACCCAAGGAAUUCUGAAUCAUCUGCUGCCACUCAGGUAAAAGCAGUUUAUGUAAAGAACCUUCCAGAGAAUAUUACUCAGGAUCGUCUUAAGGCACUGUUUGAACAUCAUGGAAAGAUCACAAAAGUGGUUGUCCCUCCUGCUAAAGCAGGACAAGAAAAGAGCAGGUUUGGGUUUGUGCACUUUGCUGAAAGGUCAAGUGCCAUGAAAGCAUUGAAGAAUACUGAGAAGUAUGAAAUAGACGGGCAAUCUCUGGAGUGUUCACUUGCAAAGCCACAAGCAGAUCAGAAGUCAUCCAGUACACUAAAUUCACAGAAGUCUGUUGUACUUCCCACUUAUCCACCUCAACUUGGUUAUGGCAUGGUUGGAGGUGCAUAUUCUGGUAUUGGCACAGGAUUUGGUCCUGCUGGGUUCACACAACCACUGAUGUAUGGUGCAGGAGCAACCGCAGCUGGCAUGGCAAUGAUGCCAAUGCUGUUACCAGAUGGAAGGAUUGGAUAUGUAUUGCAACAGCCAGGGUUGCAACCACAUACUCCUCCUCCGCCAGUAUCCAGACAUGGCAAGAGCAGUGGUGGUAGCUCAAGUAGUGGGAAACGCGGAAAUGAUAAUAGCCAUAACCGUGGCCGUGGCCGUGGUCGGUAUCAUCCCUACUAAUGUGCUUAAAAGAAUCUUGAAAAUCGAGGUGUUUUUGCUUUUCCCCUUACUGGUUACAUCCAUGAAAAAUCAGUAGAGCAGGAGCAGAUGCCGAUGAAUACAAUACAUGUAUAUUUGUUGAAAUACAUAAUUGGCUAUGCAUUUCAUUCCAUCCUUUUGGCUGCAUGAUGGAACCAAGUUAAGAAACGGGAUUAAUAUAUGUACAAUCUUUAGUCUAUAAUCAAUUGCAAUAUGUUGUCGAGGCUCAAGGCGCCAAGCACCGGUUAGCACAGGGAGGAACUGCUGCGAACGAUUUAUGUUUCUAAGAUGCAUUAUCUUGUUAAAUUUAAUGCUAAGGUAAUUUUUCACGAGUUAGCAUGUAAUUUUGGAUGUCUUGUGCAAAUAAUAUCGUAUAGUAUUCUGUUGCAAUUUUUCUAUGUAUGGGAUAUCCAUUUUUCCCGCGUUAUUUUUAUUUUAUUUUAUCAAUUUUGGACAGA